UCCAGCGAAGCUCAUGCCACACUGGGAAUGAUACAGUACAUGCAGGCCUACCGAACAUCGGCACAUCACUGGUCAGCAAUCCCCAAUUGUCACGUGGCUGUUGGCAGCCGAAAACGACUGCCCAUCGGCAAUUGCAUUUUAAAUCUGGGUCAUUUGGUCAGCGAGUACACGGAACCUUUCCCCAACGACGGGUACAAAUUCCGUGAGCGGAAGAAUAUGCCAUUUAGGGCUCUUCGUGUAUCCCCAAAUUCUCAAAUUUAAAGCAGAAGGCCUUUUGAUCCUUCCUAGAGAAAGCACAAUUCGAGCAAUCAAAUCUUCUAAAAGGUUCUUGUGGAGAAGAAAUUUCUUUGUUCCUUAGGAAAGGGCUCAAUUUACUUGAAGGGAUUUGCUGGAGGCACCUUGGUUAAGGACCUCCGUGAGGAUAGUUAGUGCAUAUAAUUACCAGCCCGUUGUAACCGUUGAAUUUGUUUGAAAUUAUCCGACAUGAAGUUUUUGGAGUACACUCCUUUGGAUCGUUUAAAUGACUUCUUGAGGCAUCUGAAUCUUGGUGAGCGGACAAUCAAAGGGUGCCUUGAAGCUUACUCUUGCAAACAUACGGGAACUGAUAAAAAAUUGUCUCUCAGUUUAGAGCACGAGAUUCUCGAUUGUCUUGGAAAAUCUUUUGACUGUGAAUCUUCGUCACCGGUUGAAUAUUUGUCUACCAGAUCCAGCCGAAAGACGUUGAUUUACUUGAUUCUUACACUCUAUCACAUGUAUCCAGAUUAUGACUUCAGUGCCGUGAAAGCACACCAGUUUUUUACAGAGGUAGACUGGGACAGUUUUAAGCAGAUUUUUGAUACAUACAUGCUCGAAGCAUCAAAGGAAUGGGCUGAGGCAAAUGGGGGCUGUACGCUACUAGAAAGCUUGUACAAGGCUUUGGAUGAGGUUGUGAAAAUAUCAGAAUGUGAAAUUUACAGCUACAAUCCAGACUCUGAUUCAGACCCGUUUCUGGAAGGAGGAGCAAUAUGGUCAUUCAAUAUAUUCUUCUAUAGUAGAAAGCUAAAGCGUGUCGUGAGUUUUCGUUUCUGCUGCUUAAGCAACUUGGUGGCUGAGGGUUUUCUUACAGACGAUUUAAGUAAUGAGGAAGACGGGGACAUAUUUGAUGACAUGGAUAUGUGAGCAUGAAUUGCUGUUAAUAGAUGUUAAUAUUAUUCUCGAGAUCUGCUAGAAGGAACAUCUUGUUCCCUGGAGGCCUGUGUAGUCUGUAGCCCCCGCUUUUCCCUUUCCCCACCUGUUUGUGUAUACCACUACCAUUGCUGUGUAAAGGAUAUGGUAGGUAACCUAGUUCACAUACUGCCCUGUAUGUUGACAAACUGAAGGCAGUUCAGGCUAUUAGUAGGUGCAGUUCUAUCCUUCUAUUUAGAUGUAUUUUGUUGCUUCAGACGGACAUUUGGGUUCUAACUUCGGUAGGUUUUCUACAUGUUUCGUGAGGUUGGCCAGCGUUGAGGGGAUGCAUAUGCAUUUUCCCAAGAGUCUCAUGUUAAGUUUUUCGGAUUUUUUGCCCA